UAUAUAAAGAUCGCCGGGAGUUUCCGAAAAAUCACAUUCAGCCAUCAAGACUGAACAAUGGUUAACAUGAGCUAUCACAAAUCUUCACUAAAAUAUCUACAUUUUCCAAACUCUAGACAGUCGAGAAGGCGAACAAAUAAAAGAAAAAGGAAUUGUUGGGACAAGUUAUCUCCAACAACAAAUUGGCAGACUUGAUUAAAAGAGACAUUCCGAAGGUCCAGUGUGAACUGUGUGGCCGAGUAUCUGUGCGUUGCGACUGAGUGGGGAGAUGACUGCUGAGUGGCUACACCUGCCCCCGCCGUAUCCUCCCGGUGUGGGCCCACUAUGUGGUGCAGAGUUGGAGGCGUGGUAUGAGGACCUGCAGGAUAUUCUGGGCUCCGACACGGGUGGGGCAAAGCUGGCGCGCGCCCCCCCAUGCACAGAGAGGGAGCCAGAGUUCCUGGACGUUCUAGAGAGUUGCUCCCUGACGUGGCUGACGGAUGGAGGCCAGUCAUGGAGCGAAGGGGUCCAGAGGGUGACCGAGGAAACCCACACCACCCAGCCUCUUCAUCACACCUCCCCUUCAUCCUCCUCGUCCUCUUCCUCUUGCCUAAGUCCAGCGGUGGCGGAAGAGAGGCAGGCAGAGGGCGACAAGGGUAGAGAGGCAGAUGGCUCUGGGGGAGUUGGAGGGGGUGGAGGUGACCUGCUGCCCCCGGAGUUCUUUGAGUUGCUCAGCGAGGGAGGAGUGGGAAUGGUGGAUUCCCAUGGAGCGGUGGUUGGCAGCACUUACCACCACCAUCACCACCACACUCUCUCCCAUCACAACCAACAUCAACAGACCAACAUCCACCCUGCCUCUCCCUCCGCCAGCGAGGAGGACCUGCCUCCUUGUGUUCCUGGUUCUCCAUCUUACUCUUCCUCAGCCUCCCAGUCGCCGUCUCAGAACUGCUCCUCCCCCUCCUCACCCGUUUCUUCCCCAUCAGCCUACCCAUCUGCCCGACUGGGAAAGCGUCGGAGGAGCACCAGUGAGAGGGGGGACGCUGCAGGCGCCCGGUCCACCUUUACCUCCCCGGGCCAGCAGCGCUUGUCCUCGUCCCCCUCGUCUGCCAAGAAGAGCCGGAAGGAGAGGGAGCAGGAGAAUGAGAGGAAGGUGCAGGAGUUGACGGAGCAGAACGAACGGCUGAAAGCAGAGAUUGAGAGGCUGGGAGAGGAGGUACAGCGGACACGUAGAGCCCUGAUAGAGAGACUAGUCAACACCAGGAAAUGAGAACAGGAUAGCAAAGAGGGGAGGAAUUUAGAGAUGGGGAAAAAUAAGGACAGGUCCUAUAAAAUUGAAACAAGCAGUGGUAGGGAAAGGUGUAAAAUGGUUGGAUGUAAUGCUUCUUUUGGUGAAGACUGAAACCAAAGCUUUUUUUUGAUGAACUAGAUCUGAAAUGACAGAAGGGGCAAAAGACAGUGAUUGAAGGAAAGAAAAAUGAAAGUCAAGCUAAGGAAAGCCACAGAGAGUAGGAGUUGCAGUGCCAUUGCGGCAAAUGUAAAGAGAGAAACUGCAUGUGAGGGAAAUUAAGAAAGGAAAGGUUGGAAGAAGAUUCAUGCAAUGCUAUGUGAUGAAAUGUGUUAUGGUGUUUUCUUGAACGCCUACAGUCAACUUGCAUCAAAAGCAUUGCAAGGUUUAGCAUCUGAGCAUUUAGCAAAUUUGUACGUAGAACAGAGGAAAUUGUUUUUUAAUGUUGAGAGUGCAUUUCACUAUCAAACCCUUCCUACCAUUUUGCAAUAAAUUAAUACUUGUCCUUUAAAUGGCUGCAACCUGGCUAACAGAUAUUGCUUGCCCCAAUUUGUGGAGAGUUAAGGACCUCAGGAAUAAUUUGAAAGUGCCCAGUGCAGUGUGACCAUGUGAGAAUGAUUUUCGGGUGUGAAAUGACAGUUUCUUCUUCUUCUUUUUUUUUUUUAAUAACCCAUUGCUUGUGUGUGUGUAUGUAUUAAGAUACGGCAAGUAGGACCCGGCUAUACUUUCCAUGCUGACCUUUUUCUAUCAAAAUGUAAAUUAGUGGUAGUAUUACCAUGUGUAUAGUUCUACCCUGAUUUACUAUUUUUAUAACGUCUUGUAUUAUAUCCACUUAUACUGUAACAGUUCAUACUGUAAUAUACAAACAUACUCUAUCCAUGUAUUUUUCUCAUAGUUACACAUUAAUUGUGAUUUAGGAUAACUUGCAUGGCCUUUUCUAUCGAUUGCAUAUACAUGUAUUUUAACACGGCAUUUAAUCUGUUCCUCAAUGUAAUUUGCAAUAAAAAGAAACCAUUGGCAAUUUUCA